AUGUCUGACAAGCAGCUGCUGGCCACCUGGAAAAGGAUCAUCCAGACACAUGGAGGAGCUGUGGACUCCAUGUUCUCGAGCCGCUGCACCCACCUGCUCUGCGAGAGUCAGGUCAGCGGGCUGUUCACACAGGCGAUAAAGGAGAGGAAGAGGUGCAUCACGGCGCACUGGCUGAACAUGGUCCUGAAGAAGCUGGUGCCGCCCCAUCGGGCCCUGCACUUUCCACUGGCCUUCCUGCUGGGGGACAAGCCAUGCUCCCAGCAUAUUAUCUCCGUGACUGGGUUUGUCAACACCGACAGGGAUGACCUUAAGCUAAUGGUAUACCUGGCAGGUGCCAAGUACAUGGGCUACCUGUGCCGCAGCAACACCAUCCUCAUCUGCAGAGAGUAA